CGGAGGCGUGUCGUGCAGGCACUCGUUCCGCCCCACGCUGGACAUGGUGGCCAUCCAGGUGAACCACACCUGCCAGCUCGACAGCGACACCCUCACUGGCCUGGCCAUCCAAGGCGACAUCUUCGCGCGCCGCGAGCGGCUGCUCCGGGAGAUCAUGCUCGUCGACAAGUGCACCUGGGAUGACGCCCACGAGAGGCUGAUCGAGAUGGACGUCGUCAACGAGGAGUUCUACUGGUUCCAGACUCUGCCCUACAGGCUGGGCUUCAGCCUUGCCGUGGCAGGCGGACUCGCCUCCUGCGUGUUGGUCUUCAGCAAGACGUGCUCGCUGCCCUACGCGCGGGGCGUUGACCUUCCUGAGGGCGUCCAGGACAUCUCCGAGAUGACCUAUAACCAGGUCGGCACGUGGACUUGGGCGUGGAUGGAGCCUAUGAUCGGGAGGGGACGGCGAGUUUCCUCCUCUUGUGCAUGCAGUUCUGCCGCGCUCAGUCCGUCAAGAUGCAGAUGGCCACGUACACCGAGGCGAUGCUGGGGUGGCGCUCCGACCGCCUGGCGCGCAAGUUCCCGCAGUACGACGGAUGGGGGCUAUCGUGCGCGCAUGGGGGAGAACGAUGCCCGUGGUGGGCAUGAAUUUCAUGCCCCGCUACAGGCGCCAUAUGCUGACCGCCGAAAACAGGAGGCAGAACUUCCGGGGCCGCUCGGACUGGGCCCAGGCUUGACGCGUUCGAGGCGCGCGCAGGAUGUGGAAUGGUGCAGGAGGAGGACUCGCUUGCGAUCUCUAGGGUCCCCCCCCGCAGCGGCCCUUUGGGCGGCAAGCGGGCUUGUUUCCCUUGAGCCGGGGGGCGCCGGCCUGUCCCGCCGACUCGUGGCCGCGGCGUCACCUGCGUGCACGCGCGAGCAUGGCGAGGCGGAGCUUUUUCCGAUGGCGCUCGGGGCAACCGCCCUCGUGUGGUUGCAAGUGUUGACGGGGAGAAUCGAGGAUCGAGGGCAGCACCUAGCACGACCCGCGGCCUGCCCGACACGCCCGCGGCGGCACCGUGCAGAAUGAA